UCAGACGUCCAGCACUUUACCAACGUCCACACUUAUUUCUCUCCUUUGUUACGCGUUAUUUUGUCGGGCACUGUAGUUUUUCGCACUCGUGCACGGUUUUCCUCGCGUCUGGAGAUGUGGUGGAUGCUGUUUCCCAGAUGGAUUUGGUUUUUAUUCGGGCAAUUUUGCGUCUCGCGGUUGGACUUGCGCGCGAGAGCGUUGCCAAUGCCAAUGUCAAUGUCCAAAGUGGUUUAUUCUCACGCGGGGAUGUGUCCAAACGAGAUGAACCCGAACCUGUGGGUGGACGCUAUGAGCACCUGCGAGCGAGAGUGCGAGUCUGACCAGGACUGCGAGCCAUUUGAGAAAUGCUGUUUAAACGUUUGUGGAAACAAGAGCUGUGUGGCGUCCCGUUACAUGGACCUCAGGGGUAGGAAAGGUCCUAUGGGAAUGCCCAAAGGCAUCACCUGUGACAAAUUCAUGUGCACGCAACAAGGUUCAGAGUGUGACAUCUGGGACGGACAGCCGGUGUGCAAAUGCAAAGACCGUUGCGGACAAGAGCCCCGUUUCAUCUGCGCCUCGGACGGCAUGACCUACUACAACAAAUGCUAUUUAGAUGCGGAGGCCUGCACGAGGGGCACCACUCUCACCGAAGUCACCUGUAAGUUUCACCUUAGCUUCUCCAACACCAGCCCUCUUCCUGAGGAAACCACCGUUCGACCCACCACAGCUCAUCUUCAGACCACCCCUAUCGAUAUUCAAGCACCUAUCAUGGUCAGCAAUCCGAUGAACUAUUUUGUGUUUGUGGGAGAAACCGCCAGCUUCCUGUGCGAGGUGACGGGUAAGCCGAAACCGGUGAUUACCUGGGAGAAGCAAAUUAAAGGCAAAGAAAGCACCGUGAUGGGACCCAACCACGUGCUAGGAAACAUAGUGGUUACUAACAUCGCCCAGCUGGUCAUAUACAACGCCCAAAUCCAGGAUGAGGGCAUCUACACGUGCACUGCCAAAAACCUGGGUGGAUCCGUCCAGGCUCAUUUUCCACUCUCUGUGGUUCCGAGAGAGCAGACCAAACCUAAACCGGUGGUGAAUAUCACUCGCUUACCACCUGAGGAAUGUUCGAAAGAACCGGAUAUGGAUGUUUGCGGAGAGGAGAGCGUUAGUUGGUACUACGAAGCCAAGGGAAACAACUGCUUUACCUUCACGUACAGCCAGUGCGACAAAAACAAAAACCAUUUUGACACGUACGAGUCAUGCAUGGCUUCGUGCAAAUCGGAGAUUGCUGCCCCAUGCACUUUACCGAGCGUACAGGGGCCUUGCAAGUCAUACAAACCGCGUUGGGCCUACUUUCCUGCGCUAAAGAAAUGCCAGCCUUUCGUUUACGGAGGGUGUGCCGGAAAUAAAAACAACUUCGAGAGCCAGGAAGCUUGCGAGGAUAAGUGUCCCUUCCCCAAGAUCAAGAACUGUAAGCAGUGCAAGCCCAGGCAGAAAAUGAUCCCAAGCUUUUGCAAGAGUGACUUUGUGGUCCUGGGGCGAAUUUUGGAGAUGAAGGAAGACCAGGAUUCUGGCCACGCGCUCAUCACCAUGGAGGAGAUCUUAAAGGACGAGAAGAUGGGACUGCGGUUCUUCCGGCAGGAACCUCUGGAAGUGACGCUGCUCAAUAUGGAUUGGAAAUGUCCCUGUUUGAACGUGACAAGAGCGGCGAGUCAAAUGAUUAUAAUGGGAGACGUUCACAAUGGCAUGGCCGUCCUGCAGCCCGACAGCUUUGUGGUCGCGUCAACCGCAAGGCGCAUUCGUAAACUCCGUGAGCUCGUCAACAAAAAGCCUUGCGAUAUUUUGAUGGAGUUCAGCAACGCAAAGUACUAGGGAAGUUUCGAUGCAAUGCCAACCUUGGACGUCACAUACGGAUUUGUCUUGCUGUGUAAAAAAACAACUACUACAAUCAUGUCAAAUUGCUGCUAUUUUGCAGCAUGGAGGAUGGAGAGACGAAUAUUGUGAAUUGAACUGUGUAAAUGACUUUAUAGGAACAUAUUAUCUUAUUUACGUCUACACGUUGUAGUACGAGUACAGUUGUUUUAGUUUGACUAAAAACCUCAGAUCUUGUAUAAAACCAGACUCUGUACCUGUCUCAGAACGAAGGCCUUGCAAGGCAGUCGCUGAACCUCAGCCGAAACAGGUGGUUAAACUUUACUAACUAUUUAUGCUUCACGAAGAACGCAUUCGAUUUGAAAGCCAUGUCAUUCGUAAACAAAAAAAAAUGACAUGUUAAAUACUAUUGCACCUUAUUUUUAAUUCAUUUUUAUUUUAGUUUUUGUUCCAUUUAUUUAUUUUAACACCGUACUUUUACGUUACUACCAUAAGUUGAAACAGGUAGUCCUUUGUGCGUGCUUUACAAAGUAUGUCAAACCAUACAAUGGCAAACAUAUAAUGAGAUUAUAACUAUUAUUUUAUGAGCAGUUGAAAUAAAUUAAACUUUUAUGGAACACCUUCAGAGAUCGGCAAUCGAAUGUCUUUCUUAUUCGUCGUUGUGGUCUUGGGAUACGAGGGUUUUUUAAAUGAGCUUUGAUAGGAGGGGGGUACUUUAUGAUAAAUCUCCGGUCCCACCCCUCACCCCAUUGGAUCCUAUUGUCAGUCAGUACAGGCCUUGAUUUCGGAACGGGUCACAUUCCAGCUGUUCUCUGGUGGGAAAUGUUGUGACUAAGGGGGAUGGGGGGCCAGUCUGAUCCCUUGUGUUGUGUCUGGCUUAAGACUCUCUCCUCGGCCACCGAGCUUUCAUGUGAGAACCUCCGCCUCCCCCCAGCUUCCCGGCCAUCUCAUCUCCACAGCUCCAUCUCCAGCCAAGCUGUGACCCGGCAUGGGAGGGGAGCCAACACACACACCGUUCUCUGUUUUAAAGGCACGGCUUCGAACUUUUGACUGGAGCUGGAUGGGAGGGAAAGGGAUAACACAUGCUUAUUCCCUAGGGUGGGCCUCCGAUGGCUGCUACCUCAGGCUGGCUGAUGGGGUCUCAUCGGUGACCCCGUAAGAGGCUCCUGAAAGGAAUCAAAAGAGAAGGGGGCGUGGA